AUGUCAUUCCGUAUCGAGUAUUUAUUGAGUAAAGCGUUGACUCCAAAAUCACGCAACUUAAAAAGAAUUCUUGAUGAAAACAUGCAAGGAUCUUAUAGAAGACCUGAUAAAUUAACAGGACAUACAAGCCAUAAUAAUACUUUUGAUGAUUUAAAUGCCAUUAAAAAAUAUGAUGGAAUGGUUGAAGAAAAAGUAGUACAAGAAGGUGAUGACGAUAAUGGUGGCAAUGGUACAAAACAUGGUUAUAAUAAUUCAUCUGAUAAUGAAGGAAAUGAAAAUAUUAAAAAUGGUCCAGAUACCAGGGAAUCAUUGAAUGUUGCGACAAAUCAUAAUUCGUGUCCCAUGUCAUUAGAACAAAUUUUGGGUGGUGGAGAUAAUUAUGCUCAAGAAGAAGAAAAAGAUGAUGAUGAAAACGAUUCCUCAUCAUAA